AUGCAUAUUAUGUUACACGAUGAUUUUCGAUUCGUUUAUCAAUGCCUUAGCUUACGAAUGUUCAUGUUUGAUUUCAUUGCAUCUCUUGCUUUAUUUCAGAAUGCCAGGAAAGAGAAACUGGCAGUGAUAGGCAGUAAAGUUCGUGCAGUUUUGCCCAACGCAACAGAUGAGGACUGCAAAACUCGAUUCAUGUCUCUGCGGUCGCAUUUUUGUGGAGAGCUAAAAAAAAUUAGAGCCAGUGAGCAUAGUGGUGCAGGGGCAAGCGAAGUUUAUGAGCCUGCUGUGUGGUGGUUCAGUGCUUUGAAGUUUUUGAAGGACUACGUGACACCGAGGAAAACAGUGACAAAUAUCCCAAGCCGUAUGAUACCACAGUCACUCUCAUCAAAUCCAUCUAGCACGACCACUGUCAAUGACCCUUGUAAUACUGAGGUGACCACAGUUACUGAAGAGACCAUAGUAAAUGAUGGAUAUAUUGAAGAUGACAACAGCAGUUACUCUCAAGACAUAUUUACUGUGGAAUUGUCAGACGGAAGUACACCUGUGUCAACACCAUCACCUCUAAGUGAGCAGCCUUAUGCUUCAGCCAGAAAGAGGCAUAGGAAGGAGACUGAGGAUGAAUUAGCCACCUCAACGUUGUCAGUGUUAAGAGACAUUAGAGUUUCAAUUAGUGGCAGUAAUGAAGAUGACAAGUUUGGUCAGUAUGUUGCUGCUGAACUGAAGAAAUUUAAAAAUCCAGCAAUUAAGGCUGAUGUAAAAUUGAAUGUCAUGAAAUGUAUCAUGGAUGGCAUCCAUAAAGAAAUAUGUAACUGA